CGGUCCCACCCCGCUGACCCCCGCAUGGCCAAGCAGAGUCCUGCGGAGCCCCAGGCGGCGGGGCCGAGCGGCGCGUCCCGCGGGAAGAGCAAGAAGAGGAGGAAAAAGAGGAAGGCCCUCGGGGAAGCGGCGGCCGCGUCGAAAGGCCCCGGCAUGACGGCUGUGGGCCCCCCCCGCAAGCCCCAGGAGUUCUCCUCCAACUGGAAGGCGCUGCAGGAGUUGCUGAAACAAAAGGCAAAUAACUCCAACAAGCCUAUCUCUACGGGUCAAACAAACACCAAAAAGAAGCAGCCACUCAAAGCAGCCAAAAGCCCAGAAGUCCCAGCAGUCAAUGGGAAUGGGAAUGUGGUAAAGGCCAAACCCACAAAUAAAAUGGACAAUGGUUCUGCUAAAGCAAAUCCUCCUUUGGCCAAGCCAGAAUCCAAGGGGGUUACAGCAAAUAAGAACUUAAAUGGCACCAAAAGGAAUGGGAAAGGCUGCAAAGAAAAAAAGAAAAAUGGCAUUGUCGUGAAGGAGAAGGAUGAGCUGAAACAUAAGAGGAGGAAAGCUGAGGAACACGUGGAGCAGCAGCCCAAAGAGGCUGACAUCUGGUUUGAUGACGUUGAUCCAAAAGAUAUUGAAGCAGCAAUAGGACCUGAAGCAGCAGAAAUUGCCAGAAGGAACCUGGGACUUGAAACAGAGCAAUCCCAGUCCGUGGAGCAGGUGCUGGUUAAGGAAAAGGCUUUUGAUGGGCUGACCCGAGCUGUGGCCAUGGACUGUGAGAUGGUGGGGGUGGGCCCCAAGGGCGAGGACAGCAUCCUGGCUCGGGUGUCCAUCGUCAACCAGUUUGGGAAGUGCGUUUAUGACAAGUAUGUCAAGCCCACAGAGAAGGUGACAGACUACAGGACAGCUGUCAGUGGCAUACGGCCUCAGAAUUUAAACACAGGUGAAGACUUCAAAAUGGUUCAGAAGGAGGUGGCUGAGAUCCUGAAGGGAAGGAUUUUAGUUGGUCACGCCUUACAGAAUGAUCUAAAGGUUCUACUUCUUGAUCAUCCUCAGAAGAAGAUCAGAGACACACAGAGAUACAAACCUUUCAAACAGAGAGUCAAGAGUUCCAGGCCAUCCCUGAAGCUGCUGUGUGAGAGGCUGCUCAAUGUUCAGGUGCAGACAGCAGAGCACUGCUCGAUCCAGGAUGCACAAGCAGCUAUGAGACUUUACACCUUGGAGAAAAAGAAAUGGGAAGCUGCUGUUAGAAACAAAGUAACAAAAAAAAAUGUAAAACUUAAAAACACAGGGUAGAAUCUUUCAUCUGCAGCAUUUGCUGGUUUGAUGUCACAUUCCAAAUUUAGACAUAAGUCAGAACUGACAGCAGCUACUUCAUAAAAUCAAUCCAAAGUCAAUCUGCAAUAACCUGGAGGUACAGGAAUGCUGCUGCCCAGGAAAGCUGCUGCCAUCCCUCUGGAUGAUCCCUGACGCUGAUGCCUCCUCCUGUGUUCAAACAACCUUUGUAACAAAUGCCUACAGUUGGGAAGAACUUCAUCAGUUAAAUUUCUUCAACAGAAAUAGACACUGAAUAAGUAAAAAAAAUUAAAUUAUGAUAGAUGAAGGAAGAAACUGUCAUUGCUUUGUCAAAACUCCGAGGAUUAAAAUCUUUAUUUCAAGUAUGUUGAGGUCCACAAAGUGAGGUCUGCUACAAGGUGAAUUCUUAAUUAUUGCUGUUAGUUACACAGUUGUGGUACCUAAACCAGCAGUAAAUGCCUAUUUAUAUAUUAGUAAUAGCCCAAUAUUCUUUUUUUCUGGUGUGAAGAAUCUUCAAAUGGAGGAUCCAGGCUUUUGUGUACAGCAGUAGCCAAGUCUUGUUCUCAGACAAAGCGUUUUUCCUUCCUCAGUUUCAAAAGUAUUGCACCCACCAGGGUCUGAAUCUCCUGGAGAGAAAUGUGGGAAUUGUCAAACAGAAGAAGAUCACCUUGUUCCUCCACUUAUUUUUGUACUCAUUUAUUAAUAAAAACAAAGUGUCUAACAUAGGUCUUUGAAGUGGCUGCUGUUGUUACAACAGGAGAGGGAGCUUUCUCCCCUUCUGUGAUUAUUUUUUUCUGCUCUACCUUGUGACUGCUGUGUUCAUUGAAGGGGUGCAGGCAAUACCUGCAGGAGAACCUGGAGAACAGUUUGUAACUGUCUUUGAAAACAGUUCUGAAAACACAUAACUAAAAUUGGCAAAAUUAAGACUAACCAGUUUUAUUUGCUUGAUGAACAAACCUAAUUAUUGAUUUCUUGCCAGCAAGCCAUUGCAAAAGAAAUAUUAAUGUAACACAUUAAAUAGCUCUGAUGACUUGGCUGUUUUUUCCCUUUUUCCAGUGUGACUACUUGGUGAAAUUUCAUGUAAAUUAAAUCUUCCCACAAACUGUCAGAAAAUUUUUGUUGUUUUUUUGUUUAUUUGUUAAUGAUGCCACUUCCAAACCAAAAAUAAAUUAGAUAUAAUGUACUAAUGGCUUUAUUCCUGU